AUGGCCGACUCGCCUGCCUCCCCUGUCAAGAGCAGGCCCCAAAACCUCAGAAAUCUCUCGUUGCCAGCAGACACUCCCGACAGACCCAGCAAGAACGAUGCCAAAACCAAGCCAGAACACACUGCGCCCAGUACCCCGUCGCUGGGAGCUCCCAACGCCAGUGCUGGCCAGAUCCCCAGCCUAAACUCCCCACAACCUACCGAUACCGCCCAAACGUCCUCCUCGUCGUCUGGCGUAUUCAAAGUCCCCAAGAAGAUACUUGUUUCCGACAACAGGGAGCUCAAUCUCCGGCUUAACUCGAUCUCCACUCCGUCUGUGGCCAGCGUUCCGGCGUCAGAAAACCCCGUGCCCGCCAAUCCACAGGCUGCUCUGUCUACCCCUUCCAACGACAACAAUGGCGCUGCCACCGCCACCAACGGCACCAACGGUGCUGCUGGUGCCACUGGAUCUGCUCUCUCGGCGCCACAACCCACACGCUUGAACCAGACCACAAUCUCCAACCUCAACAAGUCGUUGAAGGCCAAGCAGAAGAUCAUCAACUCCAAGGAGCCCCAUCCCAAGAACACCACCCUCAUCUCCGAGAUCAUCAACACCUCGCCGUUGUCUACCGUGUUCCCCAACAACAUCUCCAGCAACCACGAGCCUGACAACGACACAUUGGUGGCUCCCUCGAAUACCAACCCUCCCAAUGCUCCUGUGCAAAAUCCACCGCCAGCCACUGUCAACCCUUCGUCCAACCAGUUGAACAACUCUGCGCCCCCUACAAAGGGCAAGCAACGAAGAAUCACCAAGCAGAGCUCCACCAGAACCGAUUUCUUUGCGGCUAAGUUGGCCAGUGCUGUGGACGAUAUCGAAAGCAGCGACAGUGACGAGACGUUUGUGUACGAGAACAACAACUUGAACGACAUCGACACCAUCAGUAACGCCGCCAACAUCGCAGGGGACAACAAUAGCAUCCACGGGAGCAUGAUAGGUGGAGGGUUACUCCCUGGCGCUGUCUCCAGCGGCGUGGUCACCCAGGCAGGCACCUCGAUGAAUUCUCCAUUGGCAGACGGAUUGAUAACCAACGAGCAGUAUGCUGCUCUCAACUCUCCAAACACUCACCCUACCGAGUCCAUUCAUUCACACACUUCAAAGCACCCCACCCGGAAUACCCACCAAAAUAAUAGACCUCCUUCGCUAGCAAAUUCCUUUAAUAGUAAUCAUUAUUUUGAUAGUGUGAUGAAUAAUGGCAAGGACAAAAAGUUGAGCUACCAGAGAUCUUUUUCGUCAUAUUCAAAUCAAGACGAAUCGCAGGCGAAAACUCCUGGCAAUGGAGAAAGAUCAUCCAAUUUCCAGACUACCUUGGCUGGACUAAACGAUGGCAAUAACUCAGGAAACCAUGGCUUGGGAAUAUUGAAUAAUUAUCAUCGACCUCGCUCCCAGAGGACCCACAGCAUUAAUGACGCUUACAACGAUGAGCAUUAUUCCUACGAUGAAGUAGACGACAAUGAUGAAAAUUUAAUGGACGAUGACAUCUCUACCGACGGGGAAUAUUAUUGCCAAAGAAUGCCAGACUCUUCAAAUACCACAGAUGCCUCCAGAACAGGAACCCAAGAUGAACCACUUGGUGCUACCCAACAAAAUGAACUUGCUCCAUCGAUAGUCAGCAAAAAUACUUCCAAGCGCUAUAAGUCAUCCAAUUCUUCCUCCAAGUUGAGAUCAACUACCUCCAAAUUGUUUGACAAGAAAGGUUCGCAGCCUAGAAGGUAUAGUUUGAUUCCAGAUGAUAUUGAUAUCGAGGAUUUCGAUGACGAGUUGAUUUAUUAUGACAACAACAUCAGAUUCCCCUAUUCCAACAACAAAAACUCCAACGAGACUACCUCUUUGUUGAAUCAAAAUCAUCGUCUUCCUCACUACAGAUCGUUGAAUCUUAACUUCCCACACUCCAAGAAGCCACAGGGGCUAAAAUCCAAGAGAUACUUAUCGACCGGCCAACCGUUGUUACCAAAUAAUAAUGAUAAUACAGCGUCUCCACGGUCUCAGGUGGACAUGUUCGGAGGAUAUCCAUUUCAGGAUCAGAACCAACACCCUAACCAACAACCCAAUCAACAGCAAGGCUUUUACUAUGACAUAGAUGAGUAUGACGAAGAAUUGGGACCCGACCACGGCCUUAACAAAAAGUCUUCAAGAAAAUGGGGCAAUGGAAGAUACACUCAUCCAAGAUUAUCACCAAAUAGCAAUCAUUUCUUGCUACCAAGGAAGUCAUCUUUUAGUGACUUCAGGAGUCAUAAGGCAAACUGUCUUAAAUCAUUCAUCUAUACUUUGAUAAGUAUUUUGGCAAUUUUGACAGUUGGUUUCGUGAUGGGUUUCAUUUUAGCCACAACAAAGGAUUUGACUAAUGUAUCCAUCACCUCCCUUGAAAACCCUGUGGUCAGUCAGGAUGAGUUGAUUGUCAAUAUUGUUGUGGAGGCAUUGAACCCAGGUUGGUUCACAGUGACAAUUGAAGAGGUAGAGUUAGACCUUUUUGCGAAAAGUGGAUAUCUACCAGAUUUCAUAGGCGCUACUGAUAAUAUGGGCCCUCAAGACGAAUCGAUGGAAGUCCAGCUUUCACAGAGCGUCGAGAAUGUUUUACUAGGCUCAGUAUACAAACUUGAAUCAUUAAUGAGCUUCAAUGGGGGCCUUUUCAACCGUGACCCUAUUGACCAGACUGCUGAAAUAAAGCUUUUAUCACCAGGUCGAAAUUUGACGAGUGCUUUGUCUAAGAACAAUGAUACCGAAGAACCAGAUAACUCCAAGAAAUGGGAAAUCAUUUCUAAGAAUCCGUUUGACUUGAUUAUUCGAGGCGUCUUGAAAUACAAUUUGCCCAUGAGUAAAGGCACAAAAUCUGUUGUUGUGAAUAAGGUUGGUUAUAUUGAUCCGAACAAUGUGAACGGUCUCAGAUUUGAAACACUCGAAGACAUCGUUGACGAAUAG